CGGUGACACACAACAGCUGGAGGAACAGUUCCUUCAUUCCACCCCCUCUAAAAGGCUCUUCGUAUUCACCCAAGUUGGCAGUGUUUCCAAUGUAUCGCUCCCGAUUUCUUCCUGGAAUUUAAGAAAGUGUUGGAGCCCCAUGGGCAGUGUUCUGGCUUUGUCUUCUGGUCAGGGCCACCAGAACUGGCCAUUUUCUACGGACCCCCCUCCUUCUCGUUGGGAUGCACAUCCCGCUCAUUGGUACAGCCCGCCACGCUGGGAGAGGAGAGAUGGACGGCUACCUAACCCUGGCAGUUUUCAUUCCCUUCACAGAAGUUGCAAAGAUGUGUUUCCUCAGCAGAUUGAGGGAGUCAAGAUGAUUGUCAAUAAAACUCUAAGCAGCUUCUUUAAGGUUAGUCAUACCCUCCACCUCAGUGCUGUCAGUCCUUCGUACUAUCGAUUCCAUGUGGAGCAUCUGCAAUCUGAUGAUUACAGCAAAGACAAAGAUGCCCCCGCUUUGAUCGGUGAGAUGGAUUCCUCGGGCAGUCUGAAUGCUCACGCUUUGCUGCAUCUUACUGAACGUGUACGAGCCAGAUCUGUUUUCCAGACCCAGCAGUCUCAGUUUGUAACGUGGCAAUUUGAAACGGAGUACAGGGGGAGCGACUUCACCGCUGCUGUUACAGUGGCAAAUCCAGAUGUGCUUAGAGAAUCAGUUAUUCUAGUGGCUCACUUUCUACAAAGUGUGUCCUCUAGUCUGGUGUUAGGAGGUGAGCUGGUCUACCACAGAGGCAGAGCAGAAGAGGGUGGAAUCCUCACACUGGCUGGACAGUAUUCAAGACCAAACUGGGUAGCAACACUGAAUGCUGGGAAAGGAGGUGCCCACGCUAGCUAUUAUCACCGGGCUAACAAGCAGAUCCAAGUAGGGGUGGAAUUUGAGGCCAGUACCAGGACUCAGGAGACUACAACGUCAUUUGGAUAUCAGAUGGAACUACCAGAGGCUAACAUGGUCUUUCGAGGUAUGAUAAACAGUCGCUGCAUCAUAGGUGGAGUGCUGGAAAAGCGAUUAAGCCCGCUCCCUGCCACGCUAAUUAUGGGGGCUUUUGUCAACCACCGCGGUGACAAGCUGCAAGUAGGUCUAGGUGUCAAUGUUGGACAAUAAGAUUCUUUUUUUAAUGCUGGAAUGACUGUUGGCGUUGACAACUGGCAUAUCGGGGAGGGAAACACCCAGAAACUGCUUCCAGGGCUCGGUCCGGACACCCGAUCCCUCUUGACAAGUCAACUACGGGAAAUACCAUUGUAACGUGGUCUCGAACUCGAGAAAAAAUCCUGAAAUCAGUGCACUGUCUGUUUCAAAACAUUCUACCUCUGAAACGAAGGGGGUUUAUUUAUUUAUAUUUUGUUGCUGUCCAAUUAAGCAGAAAUACUUACUAGUAGGCUGCGUUCAGACUGUUGGCAUAAUCUGAUUCAAAUGAGAUGCCUCCUCAAAUCUGAUGUUUUGGGGCUGACUGUUCACACUAUUUUGAGAUAUUUUGGGCUACGUUAUUGACACUUCACAGGUUGCUGUGGCAACGAUGGCGUCAUCCAGUAUAGAGCGACAUCACGGACAGUCAAAUCCAAUUUGAGGUGUUCGGACUAGGCAUGUGCUGGUAUGAGAUGCAGACUGUAUGAUAACCUUUACGCAAAAGUAUUGCGGUAUUGCAAUUACAGCUCUAAAAUGUGUUGUUUUGGGAUGUCUGGGUUAAAAAAAAAAACUUUUUUCUAUUCAAACGGAUUUUUAUUUUUCAAAACAUCAGCAAAUUGUAACAUAAGUAUAAUGUUAAAAUCAGUUUUAAAAACAAACACACACAAAAAAAAAAAAGAAAUAUUCUAAAUUCAAAUAAAUGCAGUCCUUUAGCUAAGCCUAAACCCACAGCUCAACAUUAUUACCAUCAUAGAGAAAAUAAUUGAAUUAUUUUCCAUGAAAAGCACGCGUGUAUGACUCUUUUACAUUAUAUACUCUCUUUCUCAACACAGACAGUUGCCAGAGUGGCAAAAACACUACGUUUUACCACUUCUAGACACACUAAACACGCUGGAGUUAACACUCGUAGCAGGUGGGAAACGUUCACAACAGCAUUUAUUAACUUUUAAUUUGUAUAAAUGCGAAAUCAUAUUGGAGGUAUUGCCUCCUCAGCAGCCACCCUCCGCAAACAUGGCCCUCCUCUUCUACAGUGGUACGAAAAAGUAUCUGAAUCUUUUGGAAUUUCUCACAUUUCUGCAUAAAAUCACCAUCAAAUGUGAUAUGAUCUUUGUUAAAAUCACACAGACGAAAAAACAGUGUCUACUUUAACUAAAACCACCCAAAUGUUUAUAGGUUUUCAUAUUUUAAUGAUAUUAUGCAAACAAUGACAGAAGUGAGAAAAAUAAGUAAGUAAACCAUCACAUUCAAUAUUUUGUUAUUUUGAUAUUCAUGUGGAGCAAGCCCCCCCUUAAUCUCCCGCAAUCAAAUUCUUCCACUUUGGAGGCAGGAUUCAGAACUUUUCAUCUUCGCCGACACCAUAUGCACGCGAAGCGAUUCCGCUACUCAGUCAUUGCGUCUUUGUGUCGCAGAGUCGCCAAGUAAACUGCCCCUAAAAAUCAGAUUUUGCCAGCUGGUCUGAACAAGGCUUAAGUGGACUUGUGUAGAGGCUCAACCACAAAAUUGCGGGAUCUACUAAUGCAAACAUUUUAUUACAAAAGAUUGUGAUAGCAAGAAAAAACAGUGCUAUUUUAAUGUUUUUACUGCAAUGUAUGCUACCUUUCUGUAUAGCAGAAAAGGAACACAAGCAUGAUGAUUUAAUGAUAGAACCAACUUGCAGAUCAAAAAUCUGUUUUGUCUCGGUUACCAAGUCAAACAUGAUUAGUUUACCAUUCGCUACUUUUUGGCAUUUGUGCUAAAAUCGCGCAAACAACAGUGAAAUGGUUGUGAAUUUUGAAAUAUACGGGAACAAAACAGUGGUGUAUAUUCAGUCGAGUAUACCAGCAUACAGGUGCUCUUAACAUUUGACCCAUGAGGACCAAGUAAUGAAUUGUACGGAAGGUUUGCACAGUACUUUUCUGUAACAUGCACUAUUGCACGCUCCACUCAUUAUUUAUGUAUUUAUUGUAUUAUUUAUGUUAUUUAAAAAAAGGAUGUGGAUGGGAGUGUAUUUUUGAUUUAGGUAAUUAAACUCUGUUAUUUCUAUUGUAUAUCACUGUUUAUUUUUUUUCUACCAAUCGGUGCACUGGAUAAAACUCAAAUUCUUGCAUCCAAUUCAGGAGCUGUAGCAAGAAUGAUGUAGUCACCGCAAAUGGAAUCAACAAUAUUUUAACAAAUAUAUAUAUUUUUAAUCAAAAGUGCUGCUUUUUUCCCCAAAAGCUGUUUUUUUCUAUUGAUAUUUAAAGGGACUAUGCGGGUUUUUUAGAGUUGAUUUAAAAUACUUUCCUACUCCAUACAUGCUCUACCAAUGCCCUGAUGAGUACACAAAGCCCUGGCAUUUUAACUGAGACUCCCCUAAAAAGUAUUUUUCUUCCCUUCAGUAGAGAGUGUUUCGGGUCCAACACUUUGGGUGGAAAUGUGCACUUACACAAGCAGUUUCACCUAGCCUCAGUCUAGUCUCUUCUUGGCAAAAACACAUUUCUAACUCUCACUUAAGACUUGCUGCUAAUUGUAUUUACGUUUCUGGUGCUGAUUUGAUGGACCAAACGCUUUAGGCCAUAGUUGGCAGUCACGAGUAAAAAAAAAAUGACAACUCCAUAUAGUCCCUUUUAAAUAAGGUGUAUCUGAUACAGUGGUGGAACAAAUGUGAACAGGGCCUGGGUGCGAUGAGCAUAAACUGGACAAGCCUCGUGGUAUGUCUGAUGGGAAGUGCGAGGUGUUCUAGGGGACAUUUAUUCGCGGGCUCCUCAAGAUGAUUGUCCGGUGUGUGUGUGUGUGUGUGUGUGUGUUGGGGGGGUUCAAGUGGAAU